UGUAUACUUGUGCGUGCCUUGUCGUCGUGAAGAGAACUCGUGAAGUUUGUUUCCGUCCGUUGAGAAAUAUUUGGUGAAAUAUACGUACCAUGCAGUCAUGUAAUGAUUUCUCAGUAACUUUUUAUAAAUUUUAAUAUGAUGCAUUUCGAUUUACAAUUACGCAAAGUGUGAUUACAAUAGCGGUGUAGUUUACAGGAGUGCCUUGGAAAAGUUUUACAACGAAUUCUAAAGUUGUUCAAGUGUUGUUGUUCUGUUGUAACUGUUUUAUAAUGUGUGAAUAAGGCUUCUAAGUGUUUUGAUAAGAAGAGGAUUGUUGCAAUUCAAAGAUAGCAUGGCGUAGUUAAAGACAACGCCAAUUGCUGUCUGACGGCGUGUCGAUAUUCUUUCUAACACUGACUUGAUGCGGUGACACGAUGGACGCGGCGGACAAGCGCAUGCUGGAGCGCGAGGCGCUCCGCAACAUGAUCCAACAGUGGAACGCCAACCGGCUCGAUCUGUUCGAGCUGAGCGAGCCCAACGAGAAUUUGGAGUUCCAUGGGGUUAUGCGGUUUUAUUUCCAAGACUCGGGGCAGAAGAUAGCGACGAAGUGUAUUCGUGUUGCCUCCGAUGCCACCGUCAGUGAUGUCAUAGAAACCCUGAUCGAGAAGUUCCGCCCAGAUAUGCGAAUGCUGUCGCUCGGCUCGUACUCUCUGUGGGAGACGCACGGGCCCGACGACGAGCGACGACUCGAGCCACACGAGAAGCCGUUGCUGGUGCAGUUGAACUGGCACGCGGACGACCGCGAGGGCCGGUUCCUGCUCAAAUGCACUACUAAUGCUGACAAUUCCCUGUCGUCGGUCAACGAGAAAGGUGACCAGAACUUCAAGCGGAAAUUAUCCAAACGCGAAAAGAAAGAACUCAAAAAGAAGGAGAAACUAUCCAGACUGAAAUCCGACUCGAACAACGAAAACAGACCUGUUGCUGAGAAACUUUAUACAGAGCUGCCGGAGACGUCGUUCACACGCAGCAUCAGCAACCCCGAGGCCGUGAUGCGGCGGCGCCGGCAACAGAAGCUGGAGCGGAAGCUGCAACAGUUCCGCUCCAAAGAUGGCGGCCCCGACACCGGCGGCACGUUGAAAAUAUACGGAACAUCGCUAUGCCCCGACGUGCCGUACAAGACACUGCUCCUGUCGGUCGGCGACACGGCGGCGGGCGUCGUCCGCGAGAUGCUCGACAAGUACGGACUGUCGCGACACGACCCGCAACACUUCUGCAUCGUUCAGGUGGACACGACAGACAACUCUGAAAGCAUCCUCGAGGACGACGAGUGCCCGCUUGCCAUCGUGAUGACACACCCACACCGCAGCUCCAUCAUGUUCCACGUGCGGCGGCGGCCGGCGGAGUCGCAGCCGCGACGGCGCAAGAAGAAGACCGCCGGCUGCGGGGCGGGCUGCGGCGCGGGCGGCAGCAGCGCGCGGCCCGGCUGCGAGCCCGUGCUCGUCGAGGUGGCGCCCGACGGCACCGCGCUCGAGAACGGCCGCCGAGUGCGCAUCACCGGCGACAUGCUCGAGGUGGGGUCGGGCAACGGCACGGCGCUCCAACUGUACGGGCCGUCGAUCCAGCCGCGGCACUGCGUGGUGGCGGCGGGCGAGGCGGGCGGCUACGUGGUGACGCCGCUGCACGCUGACGCGCACGUCUAUGUCAACGGGCGCCGCGCGAUCGCACCGCAUUCGCUGCCGCUGCAGCACGGCUGUUUACUGAAAUUCGGACGAGUGUCGACAUUCCGAUUCGUGGACCCGAACCAAGAGAACAUCCUGAACCGAAACCUUUCCCAGUCGCAACACUUCGGCUCCGGCUCCAUAUACGACAGGUCGCCAGAGGGCGGGCGCGCUCUGUCCGGCGCCAUGUCGCCGACGUCCGUGGACGACGCGCCGCACGCCGACGAGUAUCGCCCCAUGAGCCCCGACCGCGCCUAUUCACCCUACCGCGACGCCAACGACACCCUCACGCCCUACAACAACAACACGCUCAAACUCGACAACGACUCCGUCGUGUCGCACCUCAACGACUCCAAGGAGGAUUACCUGCGCGACGACCACACGCCUUCCAUCUACGACCAGGACCACUCGCAGAAUAGAACCAACAACUCGCAGUAUAAGGACAACUACGAGACCACCUUCGAUCUAGAUGGGAACGUCGAGACUAAAAGCAUUUGCAGCGCGAAAAGCGGAGGCUCUGGACACGACAACAGGAUGAGUGCGACAGUGGGCAGCGCGGCGCGGCCUGGCCAAGAGGCCAUCCUGCCGGCGGUGCUCGAGUUCCCCGAGGCGGGGCAGGCGCAGUUCCUCGCCGCCGUCAUCACGCGCCUCGACCCGCACGCGCCCGCCUUCAAGCUGGCGCCUGUCUACACGCUCUACCUCUGUGCCAGGUACCGCGCGUCGACGCACUACCGGCCCGAGCUCACGCCCACCGAGCGCGCGCACAAGCUCACCGCGUUCCUGCACCACGUCGCCACGCUCAUACACGCCACUGUGCAGGAACGAUGUACAGACUCAGCCGCGCAAGCAUUCUGGAUGGCGAACGCCAGCGAACUCCUACACUUUCUCAAAUGCGACAGACACAUAUCGUCCUUCUCCACACAGGCGCAGGAAUUACUGCCCGCCACUGUGCAAAACGCCUUUAGCAACCUAGUGUCAUGCUUCCAAGAGGAGCUGUCCCGGGCUUUGGGCACGCUGACGAACCCCUUGCUGACGGACGCGACCGAGGCCACGGCGCCGACGCUGCAGGCGCUGGCCGCCGCCAUGGUGCUGCUGCGCCGCUGCCGCGUCAACGCCGCGCUCACCAUACAGCUGUUCUCGCACCUCUUCCACUACAUCAACGCCGUGUGCUUCAACAAGCUGGUGACGGAGCCAGGCACGGUGUCGGCGCGCUGGGGCGCGGCGCUGGCGGCGCGCCUGGCGCUGCUCGCCGCGUGGGCCGAGCGCCAGGGGCUCGAGCUGCCGGCGGACUGCCAUCUCGCGCGCACGCAUCAAGCCGCCCGCCUGAUCAGCGGCACGUACCGCACGGCAGAGGAGGUGCGCGCGGCGCUGGCGGCCUGCUUCAAGCUGAACUCCGUGCAAGUGCGCGCGCUGCUGACGCCGCUGGCGCCGCCCGACGUCGCGGACGCCGCCGCGCUGCACGCGCGCGCGCUGGCCGACGAGCUGUGCCGCGCCGACGGACGCGAGAUAACGCUAGAAGAGAGCUCAUGGCUCGGCGUAGGCCUGCUGAUCCCCGGCGACGGUUUCAGCGCGGAGGUGGUCCGCGGCGUGCCGCCCGGCCUCGCGGAGUUCGUGGCGCCGCUGCAGCGCGGCGGCCUGUGCCGCCUCGCGCACCAGCCGCACGCCCGGGGCGUGUGGACCGUCUACAUGACGGGGUACGGAGCCAUGCAUAGGCGGCCGCCCGAUCCGGCCGUGCAUAUCAUACAGCUCAAUAAGAACUCUAAUGGAAUGGGACUUAGCAUUGUUGCCGCUAAGGGCGCGGGACAAAGCAAGCUGGGCAUCUACAUCAAGUCGGUGGUGCCGGGCGGCGCGGCGGCGGCGGACGGGCGGCUGGCGGCCGGCGACCAGCUGCUGUCCGUCGACGGCCAGUCGCUCGUCGGCAUCACGCAGGAGAAGGCGGCGGAGUACCUGGUGCGCACGGGUCCCACGGUGACGCUGGAGGUGGCCAAGCAGGGCGCCGUGCUGCACGGGCUGGCCACGCUGCUGCACCAGCCCGCCUACAACAACAAGCAGGGAUAUAGGCGUCCGUGUCACGACCGAUGUCACCUCCUCAGAGACGAGUCCACAGAAUCUAGCACCUCGGAGAGCGAGGAGUGUCACCCGCACUACCACGGCUCCAUCCCGCGACUGAUCAUAACGUUAGACCGCGAGAACAACCAGCUGCAGGAGGACUUGUCCCCGGACACGCCGGGCUGCCCGCUCGAGCUGAAGGGCCCGCCGCCGCCGCGCCCCAUCCCCAUAUUCACGUUCACGUGCGAGGACUUCGACGAGCAGCAGGCCGGCAGCGACACCACGUACGACAGCCACGUGCCGGAGCCGCCGCCGCCGCCCUGCCCGCCCGCCGCCGCCGAGCCCGAGGCCGAGCCCCCGCGCCUGCCGCCGCAGAUGCGGCCCAUCGACACGCGGCUCACGCUCGAGCUGUUCCGCGACGAGCGGCCGCAGUUCCGGCGCCGCUGCACCGUGCCCGACGAGUGCGUCAGCGCGUGCGAGUGCUGCCGCACGCCGCAGCCCGAGGCGCCCCAGAUCCCCUACAUCGACGAGCCCGCCUUCGAACCGUUCAUCUUCGAGGACGCGCGCGUCGCUACGCCCAAGACCCGCCGAAUCCUCCCCUCGAUGUCCCUCGACCGGCCCGACGACAAGCCCGAGACGGCCGACGCCGUCUGCCAGACUCCUUCCUCCCCCAUGGACGUCGACGAGAAACAUUUCCCCGCGCCCCCGACUCCGCAGAGCAGAAAGCUCGAGCUCAAAUUAGAUGUCAGUAAGGAUGCCAACAAAAUAGAAGAUAUACAUUGUAGGUUAAGAAGAGCGUUGUUCACUAUGACGAAGUCGUAUUCUAGUAAAUCCGAGGGCGCCGCGGAACCCUCGAAUUCUACGUCAGAGUCGUUCGACGAUACGAUAAACGAUAAGAAUAUACUCGGGAGAAGCAAUUUCCCGACUCCGGUGGAGGCGGGGGCGAAGCAGGUUCUAGAUAGCGUCGAUCGUAAGUCGUGGAAGUCGCCCGACGAGUAUCGCCCCGCCUUCGGUAGGGUUAAAGCUCUAACGAAACGGUUCAACGACAUCAACCUGCGAUACUGUGUCAAAAACUACAAGAGAAACUGCCAGUCGAGUCCUAAUCUUAGUUGUCGUAAUGAAAAAACUUUUAGAUCGAAAGAAAAUUUACCCGCUAGCUCUAGUUUAGUCGAUAUACAGUACGAGUCGUUAAUAACGGACACUAGCGAAACGAAGGGGGCGAAAAUGUCCGAAGACGAGGUGAAGAGCAUUCUGAUACAACUGGAGGACUGGUCUCGGUACGGGUCGCGGGGCAGCGAGGACACGCUCGCGCAGGGCAACGAGUUCGAGCUGCCCAACCUGCCCUCCGAGGAACACUCCGACAACAACGCCAACGCUUACGUAUUCAACGAAAUAAUAGAAAAAAAACCCAAAGUGAUCACGCUGGAGAACAUAAGACUGAAAUCGAACCAAUCGAGCGUCAACUCUGAUACGAGACAGAGCAAAGAAUCGCUUAAAAGUAGCGCCGAAACGAGUUCUAAAGCGCCUGUCGUCGAGGAUAUUUUGCCGCAAAAGAGCUCUAUUUCCCUUUUGGACGUUUCUUGGGGCGCGUCACGGCGGCAAUCGUACUCGGCGGUGGUGCAGAGCUGCCCCAACAUCAGCAGCGGCAGCGUGCGCGGGCGCGCCGCGUGCGCCGCGCUGGCCGCGCACCACAGCUGCCCCGCCGUGGCCCCGUGUCCUCUGGGCCCGGCGCGGCGCGCGUCGGAGCGCGACCUGCCGUCGCGGCUGGCGGCCGAGCCCGUCAAGCCCAGCAAGAGCACGCCCGCGCUGCACCACGCCGACCCGCCGCCCGACCCCGCGCAGCCCCUGCCUCACAGUGUGAACAUGCACCCGGUGAGCGCCAGCGUGGCCAACGUGAGCCAGGUGGGCGCGGCGGGGCCGGCGGGGAGCGCUUGGGCCGGCAAGUCGCGCAGCAGCCACAACCUCGCGCAGCCCGCCGACGGCUUCUACCAGAACCUGCCCGCUCAUACCCAUCACAACCUGCACGACAGAUGGUCAUCGUUACGCAGUUCGACGGGCAGCAACCGGCCGCAGUCGGCGCACUACGCCCCCGCGCCUCUCGAGACGUCGCCCGAUUCGCCUCAACAACAUCAACAAAAUCAAAUGAACGCCAUAAACGCGCGGUCGGCCAAGCUAGCGGAGAUGUCCGAGGAAGUGACUCGGCGACAGCAAAUGCAGUACCAACUGGCGCAGCAGAAGGCCGCCACGCUCCCGGCGCACACGCACCAGAACAUGAUGAGUCCCCAGCACGUGCACCCCAUGCACCAGCAGCACUACCCCAACCACAUCAACAUGCAUCCCAACAUGCUGCCCAUGUCACCUAACAUGCAACCUCCCAUGUCGCCGAACAUGCAACCUCCAAUGUCGCCAAACAUGCAACAGCCGAUGUCGCCAAACAUGCAGCAGCCCAUUUCGCCGAACAUGCAACAGGGCAUGCAAGCGAUGCAGCAGAACAUGCAAGGGAACAUGCAAGGCAUGCAAGGGAAUGUGCAAGGAAACAUGCACCAGCAACAUCAGCACAUGCACGCCCCCGUGCAGAGCCCGCCGCCUCAACAACUCUACCACAACCAGCAUCAGCCACAGCAGAGGUACGAGUGGCACCCGCCGGGGCCGCCGUCGCCGCAGCGCGCGCAGCCGCCAGUAGCACCCAAACCUCAGGGAGCAAGACGACCAGAGUCUGAACUAGAAGAGCAUUAUCACCAACACAACCAGCAACCGCAACAGAGUACGAUACAACCCGAUGACGAGCGGUACGUGGCGUCGGCUCUGGAGCCUCCCCCGGGCCCGGCGGGGCCGUACGCGGCGCUGGGGCCGGCCGGGGGCAGCGGGCCGGCCGCGCACAACCCCUGGCAGCGCGAGGAGCGCGAGCGCCAGCAGGAGCAGCGCCGCGCCCAUGCACGCAGUCGCCGGGACGCAGCGAUAGCAUCACUACUAGGUAUCGGCGCGGCGCGGACGGCGGCCCAGAACCAGCAGCUGCGCGCGCUGCAGCUGGAGCGCGAGUUCGAGCGGCGCGCCGUGCAGCACGCCGACGCCGCCGCCGCCGCCGCCGACGCCGCCGACUCCGACCCCGACCCCGAGCCCGACCAGCCCCAGCCGCCGCAGCCGCCCAAGUCCAUCCUCAAGACCAACCACGCGCCGCGCACCGACCACACCAACGGAUACGCGCACGACACUAGUGGAGCGGGUCAGGGUCCGGGUCCGGGGCCGGAGGCGGAGGCGGCGGAGGCGCUGGGCGCGCUGUCGCUGGCGCCGCCGCCGCCGGAGCGCGGCUCGUCGUUCGCCGUCAUGGCCACGCGCGCAAGAGCGCUGUCGCCGCCGCAACAACCCAAGCCCGCUCAGGCACACACCCCACACUCGCCGCCGGGCUCGGGCUCGAGCGCGACGCGCGACAAGCGCGUGUCGUUCCACGAGCGCGCCGCGCCGCCCGCGCCGCCCGCCUCCUCGCCGCCGCCGCUGCACGAGACGCCGCCCAUCGAGGACCCUGACCGCUUCAUCGAGGAGGCGGAGAGCAUGCUGUCGGGCGGGCUGUCGCCGAGCACGCCGCCCGCCGCGGCCGUGCACACGCCCGGCGUCAUCGGCGCGCAGGAGGUCUACAGGGACCCGCGGCAGCGGCGGCUGGCUGAGAAGCAGGCUGCGACGAGCGCGGCGCCGGUGCCCGAGCAGCUGUCCUUCAAGGAGAAGAUGAAGAUGUUCGCGUUAGAGGCUGGCGACCCCAACACGCCCAAGGACAAGGUGAAGAUAUCGCGCGCGCAGCGGGACAUCGACGCCGUGCACUGAGCGACACAACAUCGCGUCCGGCGUUCAUAAUUCAUACUUACUAACAUUUAUAUACAGUAUUAAACUGGGUAUGCAACUUUAUUGUUGGCACGUUCACUUACUAUCAAAGUUAUAAAGACGAUACUACCUAAAUCGCGAGUCAACAUUAGACCUUGAAAUUGUCAAUAACUAAGCAAUUUACCCCGUAAAGAGUGCAGCGUCUCGGCAGCUUAUCCCUAGCUGUAAUCCGGAGCUUUUACCGAUCGUGGUCUUCGACCCUGUAAGGCAUCUACGUUUUAUUGUAUCCCUAUUUUAUAGUGUAUUGCAUAUACCCCGUGAGACCACGAUUUGCCUUUAUCACAUGCAGCACCAAUUUACAUGUAGAUUGAUAAGUAUCUUUUUACAAACGAAUAUAUUUUUAUGAUGAUAAUAAAUUUUGAUUGUUGUUUACAUACGUCGCCUUAGCAGCUAGUGCAAUGAUUAUUUAUAUAUCUACAUAGACUUGUACCAGAUAUUGUUAUAUUAAAUAUGAUACCCACUUGUAGGUCACAACAGUACGGUUGUCAAACUUUUCAGUUUAUUUGCAAUGUAAUGUAAUGUGACUGGCACUGUCGUGUCUGAUUGUUAUCAUUAUCCUGACUGCAAAUUAAGUAUAUGAAUUCAAUUGUUUAAAUAAAUUUUAACGAUGUAACGAUUCUCAUUUUGGCAACUGUGUUGUUGUGGUCUGUAAGUUUAAUAUAUUUGGUUGAGAUCCAGGUUGACCUAUAUUUUGAUCAUGCACUCUUUUAUGGCACAUAAAAAUGAUGUCAAUUUCUGGAGAUUCAAAAUUUACUGGUGCCAUUAUAUUAUGUGAUUGAUUGUAACAUAGAAUGUAAUUCUCGGGUGGACCAAUAAUCAGUGUCGACGUCAGAAGGUGCCUUUUCGUGGACCUUAAUGAGCUACACAUAGUAUGUCUCUCAAAUCGGCUCCGCUGUCUAUUUUUAUUCAAUUUAUCUCUACCUACGAUUAAAGCUUCGUCACAUUCCAAAGAAUAUGUAUCUUAUUCUUUUAUUACUUUAAGAAUCAUUCCUAAUAAAUCUUUCUAAAAUUUAUUCAUUGUACAUGUGCGUGUGUAACACUAUAUCUAACAUUUCAUAUCAUGUGGAUAAAUUUAAUAUAUUCGAGUCCUCUAGUAUUCGAAUCUAACAAAAUGGAUCCAGUAUGUACUUUAAUUAUAAAUGCAAUAAAUUAUUGUAAAGCCUUUGUGUAUAUACUUAAAUAAGAAUAAGCACAUGUUUGUGCCAAAAUUUAAUACUUAUGUGACAAAAUGAAGAGGAGAGUUUGUGUAAACAGCUAGAGUAUCAUCGUCCUCGUCACGACACGCCCUCGCACGGCCGCCGCGCGAAACUGGAAGCUAUUUCUAGAUAUCCUUAUAGUUAAAAAACUCAUGGCACCAAUUUAUUAUGUACUAGUUAUGUAAAUAUUUGUAGGUAGGAAAGUCCCUAUGGUUACGUUAAGGUUUUUUGUACACCUGUUUGUAUAUGUAAAUGUUUAUUUAUAGAUGAUUAUAUAGAGAGUUUACAUAUGAAAUUAAGACGCGAGGCCUAUUGGAGUUAGUAUUAAUUUAGUUCCUGAGAAUCGUUUACAGUGUUCUCAGUAUUCACCCAACGAUAGUCAAUUAGCAAGAGAUUGAGAUUUAUUUGUAGAGGAGUUUUAUGUUUGUAGGCUGUACAUACGAUACACCCGAACAAGUAGCGACUACGACAGCUCCGUUAUACAUUUGUAAGGUUUUUAAGUGGAAUAAUUAUUACACAAAUCCAUUAUAUUGUUAUUAACCGUAAUUAUUAUACUUCAUCUACUUGAGAAAGUAAUAAAAUAAAAUAACAUGUA